UCUCUUUAAGACCAUACGGUGAUGUUUCAGGGUUGUUGUUUUUUUUCAGACCCUCAUCACAGAGACUUGUACAUCAACAGCAGUGACUAUCUGGCAUUACUGAACAAUGAAAGACCUAAUCCCAACUCUACUGCUUGGAAACAGCAUUUUCUGCGAAUUAAGAAGCUUGUGCUGAUUGGUGGUCCUGAUGAUGGGGUCAUCACACCAUGGCAGUCAAGUCAGUUUGGUUUCUAUGAUGAUAAUGAGACGGUCGUUGAGAUGAAAAAACAGAAAGUGUUUUUAAUGGACUUAUUUGGGCUGAAGACACUGUAUGCUCGAGGAGAUCUGGCUCUUUGUUCGAUGGCAGGUGUUGCACAUGUCUUCUGGCACUCCAAUGAAACAGUGUAUAAAACCUGCAUUGAGAAAUGGCUUACAUAGAUACUGACACACUCACACAAAGAUCUACACAUGAUCACUACAGAUCAUUCUCUAUUAUUAAUUCAUACAUACAGCCUUGCACAUUUUGUUACAUUAUGCUAAUGCAUUGCUUCAGAACAUACAUUUGUUACUGUGCUCAUUGAAUGCAAACUCAGUUUUGAUUAUAUGUUAAAAUACAUGCGUAGAAAGGUAAACACUAAAUAUGAGGAAUAACCAUCAGUGCCUGAUUUCUCAUUUUGCUAAAGGGUUUGAAUCUUAAUCACUAUUUUUCAAUGUGUGUAAAAAAGUUCUUUUUAAUUCAUCUUUAUAUUUACAAUAUGUAAUGUGUUUGAUGUGGACUGUGCUGCUGCAGUAACAUUCAUGCUUUGCAUAAUGGACAUGUUUUGCUAUCUUACAAUUAGUAAGUGCAAUGAGAAAGGAGAAAAUGAGGGAAGGAGAAAAAAAGGAUAUAUAUAUAUACAAAGGAAAUAUGAAAGGAAACUCAUGGAAGUGCUGUUGCAUUUGCUGUAUAUAACAUUACCUUUCAUUUCCCAUUCUUAAAUCCUCAGUCCCAACAUUGCUUGUUUACCAUAAAGGGAUUUGUAUCUGAACAUUUAAUAUUUAACGUUUCUGUUAGGAUAUUUUACUGUUAUUUCAUGCUUGAAGAUAACCGUGUUUUAAAGAGGCUAUAUGCAGCUUUUUCCCCAAAAUAAACAUAACAAUAGCCUU